GAUACUAUUUAUUAAAAGAACAUUUAACUAAAGAAAAUUUAUUUAUUUUAGUAGACCACCCUUAAAACGAUUUUAGAAUUAUCUCAAAUUGGAUCUCUGAUUUUAUCAUGGAAAACACUCAAUUGAAUUUUAAAACCCUAAAUUCUGAUGAAUCCAAAAGACAUGGUGCUGUGAUUAACGAAGGAAGCAAGCAAAAAGAGGAGAAGAUUGACGAAGAAAAAUCAUUUGAGGAUAAAAGAAUGAAUUUUUCUCAAGGAUUUGAAGUUGGUGAAAAAUCAACAAGAACUGAAAGCCCAUUGUCCCUGUCGCUACCACUGCCACCACCACUACCACUACCACCAACUAAUGAUGCUUCAACAAUAGAACCUGUUGAAGGUGGUGAAGAUGAGAAGAAAAGUAACAAAGAAGAGGAAGCAUUGGCCUUAAGGGAUAUUGAAGUUGAUUCCUUUGUUAUGGAUAGAAACAUUGAAGUUGAAAGGCCUGUGGUUUUUUAUUUUGACCUCAAUGAGCUUCCUACUGAAGUUGACAAGAAUUGGUGGUGAUUCUAUGAUAGAUUUGCUAUUUCAAUUUCAUAUUUAGACUCAUAAUUUUGAUUUUUUAUAAACAUAUGUUUGUUUAAUGUUUCUUA